AUCUGAUAAUUACUACUGCAAUAAAUAUCCACGUAAAAUACAUUCGUCCGCCAGCGGGCUCAGUGCUCAACAUUGUACAUCUGUACUAUCAAAAGAAGCUUUAGAUUAUAUGCAGCAUGAGGGUCUUCUUAAGAGGACUUUCUUUAAAUUCAAAAACAAAGACAAUACGUCAGUUAAGCAAUCGGCCUCAUAAGCCAGUGUUGUUGGAGGAAGCAACCAAAUAUCUUGCUCCUCAAAAUGGGUCCCGCUUUAUUGAUAUGACGUUUGGCGCAGGAGGACAUACAGAACGAAUUUUACAAGAAAAUGAGACUGUUGUUGUUUAUUGCUUAGAUAGAGAUCCUGCAGCUUGUUCUAUAGCACAAACACUUUCCGAACGUUAUCCAAAUAGAGUAGUGCCCUUAAAAGGCAAGUUCAGUGACUUGCCUACAUUAUUGAAAGGAUUAGGUUGUACAAUGAACAGUUUUGAUGGUAUUCUAUUCGAUUAUGGUGCUUCCUCGAUGCAGUUCGAUACAGCUUCCAGAGGUUUUGCGAUUAGCAAGAAUGGACCUUUAGACAUGAGAAUGGAUCCUGAAGAACAAUCAUUAACAGCUGCAGAUGUUCUAGCCGUAGCAGAUCAAUCGGAUUUGUACAAAAUUUUUAAAGUUUAUGGCGAGGAGAAACAUUCAAAGAAAAUUGCUAAUGCCGUUAUUGAAUCCAGGUAUUUAUUCAAACCGUUAAAAACUACUCGUGACCUUUGUGAAUUGGUAGAAAAUGUAUGUGACAAAGACAGAAGACAUGAUAUGUUGAAGAGACCAGCACAUCCUGCUACAAAAAUAUUUCAGGCGUUACGUAUUUUUGUUAACAAUGAGUUGAACGAGAUCAAUCAUGGAAUUCUAUUAGCCAACCGCUACUUAAAAAUUGGUGGUAUUCUGGUAACUAUUGCAUUUCAUUCGCUUGAAGAUACAAUAGUUAAGCGUCAUAUACAAGGAAACGUAAAUGAAAAUUCAGCCAACAUUUUACCUUUAAAAUAUAGUACCAACACAAUGAAUUUGCAAACCAGUGAUUUUUUGAAUGUCAUCAACGAUUCUUGUUGGCAUCAAGUAAAUAAACAUGUAGUUACGCCAACUAUUGAGGAAGUUGAAGAAAAUCCUAGAAGCAGGUCGGCUAGACUCAGGGCAGCCAUCAGAAUUAAAUAGAACCAUUUGUACAAAAAUUAUAGAUAACAAAAAUGUUUAGUCAAAAAUAAAUGAAUGUUACAUUAA